CUUAGAUUUAUACGUUGAUAUUAAAAAAAUAAAGUUUAUUAAGCUUAACCUUAAAAUAAAAUCAUUAAAUGCAAAACUUUAGAUAUUACUGAAUGUAAUAAUUUUUAUGCUUUCUGAAAGCGUGAAAGAAAAUUUAGUAGAAAAUAUUCUCAAAUUAUAUUUAACAAUAAUUUAGGUAAAAAUGACUACUCCAGGCGAGAUGAGUGAAGCUGAUCAAAUCAAAACUUUCAAAGAUUUUCUUACACAGUACAACAAGUUAUCGGAGUUAUGUUUCAAUGAUUGUGUACACGAUUUCACUUCUAGAAAACUGAGAUCUUCAGAGGAUAAAUGUACUGUGAACUGUAUGGAGAAAUAUUUGAGAACAAAUCAGAGGGUAUCACAGAGGUUCCACGAAUUCCAAAUGAUAGCUAAUGAAAAUAUGUUAGCUUUGGCACAAAAAUCACCCAAUUGAAGUUAAGUUUAUGUAUGUUGUUAAAAUAGGUUACACAUAUUGUUAGUUGUUUAUUAGCCAUAGCCUGGCAAUAAAAUUUUUGUUCAUUA